ACCACAGAGACGGCUAUUAUCCGCGGACUCUUGAGCGGAGAAACGGGCGCAUACUAAAGCGCUUUCACGUUUAUCCGUGUGUGUCCGUUGGUACACAGUCUCGGAUAAAGAACGGUUCGAGUUCGUUAUAUAACGAUUAUCGAGUGUUUAUAUUACAGGUGUUUCUUAGAGAAAAUAUCAUUUUGACAAAGUGCGCGCAGCUUGCCGCCGGAGAAGGAGACUGCUGGUCGUCGCUAGCUGGAGGGAGAAUCGAGAAGCGUGCGAGAGUAGGACGAACCGACGAAGCUCGUUUCGCAGGAAGGAGGAAGCACGAGGGAAGGGAGAGGAGGUGGAGCGGGGCUUAUCGAACGGAGCCGUGUACGCGAGAGAGAGACAGUAACGGGCUGUAGCGAGGCGCAAGGAGAGAGGGAGAAACGGAAAAGGAGAGAGAAAUGGCCCCCACCCACGUCCAGGAGGAAAUAGAGGGGCGCUAUAAAGAGUAUGCCUAUAGCCCUGUACCAACGAGUUGCACUUCGGCAGUGUACUAUUCACCCACCCCUGGAAAAUAUCCCAUAAAGUUUGGUGGUAGCUUACCCAAGUAUCGUACGAUCGGUGACCACGACCAGUGUCCUGCCGCAGAAAUGACGGAGAAGGGCUCCACGUUGCUUCAAUACCUGGCCGCUGCAGCCGCAAAUUUGUGCUGCGUUGCAGCCGGUGCUUUGUUAGGAUGGACCAGUCCGAUAUUACCUAAGCUACAGGGUAGCUUGGAUGACAAUCCUCUCGGCAGAAAAAUCACCCCGGAUGAAAACUCUUGGAUCGGCUCGUUGGUCUCCGUUGGUGCGGUGAUUGGCAGUUUCGUAGCUGGAUAUUUAGCGGAAAGAUGCGGUAGGAAGAUGACGCUGCUGCUCAGUGUGAUACCAUUUCUGAUCGGUUGGAUCCUAAUCGCAUCGGCUGCCGUCGUCUAUCAACUGUACGCCGCGCGAAUAAUUCUCGGUUCGGCCUUGUCGUUCGCUUUCACGGUCGUUCCUAUGUACUGCGGCGAAAUCGCCGAGACGUCCGUCAGAGGAGCUCUAGGAUCCUUCUUGCAACUGUUCGUCAGCUUCGGUCUUCUGUAUGCGUACUGCAUCGGGCCGUUCGUCUCGUAUCUGGUGUUUGCCAUACUCUGCGGCAUUAUACCCGUGAUAUUCGUCGCUUGUUUCUUCAUGAUGCCCGAGUCGCCGUACCAUUUGCUGAAGAUCGGCAAGAGACAAGAGGCGAUAAAUGCUUUGGCCUGGUUACGACGCAAGUCACCCGCUAGCGUGCAAAAGGAAGCCGACGAGAUGCAGGCUGCCAUCGACGAAGCGUUCAAGUCCGAAGCGAAAAUCAGCGAUUUAUUCAACGUGAAGGCGAACCUUAAAGCUUUGAUAUAUACGUGCUUGCUCGUGACGUUCCAACAAUGCAGUGGCAUCAACGUGGUCCUCUUCUAUAUGGGAUCCAUCUUCGGGGCUGCGCACAGUGCGCUACCUGACUCCAUAUCAACUCUGAUCGUCGGUAGCGUGCAGGUGGUUGCUUCCGGGGUUACGCCGGUGAUCGUUGACAGACUUGGUAGGAGAAUGCUGCUCAUUACCUCCGGCGUUGGCGAGACUGUCUCCUUGAUCGCCCUGGGUCUGUACAUGUACCUGCAAGAUGUUUCACAUUCGGACGUUAGCGCCAUAUCGUGGCUUCCUAUCGUGUCGCUGGUCAUCUUCAUCGCGGUAUAUUGCAUAGGCUGGGGUCCUCUGCCAUGGACCGUGAUGGGUGAGAUGUUCGCAUCGAACGUGAAAUCGAAGGCUUCCGGAAUCACCGUGUGCGUGUGCUGGUUGGUCUCUUUCUUCAUCACCAAGUUCGCUAGCAAUCUACAGGAUGUAUUCGGCCAAUUCGCCUUGUUCUGGAUUUUUGCCGUAUUCUGUGUGGUGAGCGUGCUGUUCACGGUGCUGAUAUUACCGGAGACGAAGGGAAAGAGUCUGCAAGAGAUUCAAGACGUGUUGGGCGGCAACAACCAUUCGGAGAUACCCGAGUUCGGAAGCUCGAGUAAAAAGUGAAAACAGUAUUGCGGUAUCGGGUGACUCGAGAACGAUCUCGAGGUUCGAUUUCACCUUCGUUCGCGUAUCGGACCAAUCGUAUCCGUCGAACGGUUCUUGCUCUUCCUAUUUCUAUAUACUACGUAUAUACGUUAAGCGCGCCUUUAUACUGCCAAAGACCAUGGAUCGCGAUUCUGCAUGCUCGCGACGCGUGACGAUUGGAUACUGUUGUCCUUUUUUAUCGUUAGAAUCGUAGGAACGGACCGGAACGACAACGCUUGUGAUUUUUAGGUCUUAGGUAUACGCGUAUGCGAUAAGACGUCGGCGCGCAUUCGAUGCGAUAUAAUUGUUAUCGAUCGUAAAGAACGACAAGGGAAACGCGACAGAGAUUCGAACGAGUGUCCUAUUUCAUUCUAUAAUCUGUUCAAACGAUACGUAAACAAGGUAGAGAUGUCGAUACGAUACGAUAGAACGAAUAACGUCUACUUUUUCCAUGUUCCGAGGAACCAACAAACGAACAGCUCAGCUAAUGAACGGUACUCGCCUACUGCGCGUUUCUCGCCUCGUACGCGCGAUAGUAGUUAAUGAAUGUAUUUAUUUUUUGACAAACCUUAGCCGUUUAACGUACGCGUCGUUUCCUUUGUACGUAAGAUUUUAUCCCAUCCUUCCAAGUACCAUAAUAUUUAAUAACUCAACGCCCCGUUAGAUACGUAUAGACGCGAGAACGAGAUCCGCUACACCGACCGUGAAACGAUCGCACCGAUAUGUAUUCCGUUUUCGAUCGCGUAGGUGUUCCGUAGAAUCGCGAAAAAGAUGGCGGAGAGACGAGAAAAAGAGUCUUCGUUUUGUACGCGGGAAUUCCGCGAAUACGAUCGAUCUUUAUCCGAGACGAGUGGUGUGCUCGUGCGCGUCAGGCGAAGUAAAACUGAAAGAAAAAAAAAAAAAAAAAAA